ACCUUUCGUCAGACUAACACAUUGGUUUGCCGAGACUGAACAGCGAGACCCUGAACGAAAAUACUUGCGGUUUUUCUUGAGCCCUCAACAUGUCUGGGGAAGAGGAAGAAAAUGCCGCUGAGCUGAAAAUUGGUGAUGAGUUUUUGAAGGCCAAGUGUUUGAUGAACUGUGAAGUUGCCUUAAUUCUCGAACACAAGUAUGAGCAGCUUCAGCAGAUGUCUGAAGAUCCAAUGAAUCAAGUAUCUCAAGUAUUUGAAAAAUCACUGCAGUAUGUGAAGCGCUUUAGUCGCUAUAAGAAUCCUGACGCUGUUAGACAAGUUCGAGAAAUCCUUAGUCGGUACCAGUUGGCUGAAUUUGAGCUCUGUGUUCUGGGGAACCUUUGCCCUGAAACUGUGGAGGAAGCCAUUGCUAUGGUCCCAUCUAUCAAGACCCGAGGACGCGCUCAUGACGAUGAGGCAAUUGAAAAAAUGUUGAAUGACUUGUCUCUGAUAAAGAAAUUCGAGUAGUGCCACUUCCAUUGUCUACCCUAUUGAUGGUGGCAUGUACUUGCUGAAUAUGUUGGGGAAUUCAUUGUUUCAUAGUAAUACUAAGAUUUAAAUUUGAGCAUGCACAAGUGGGAUUCAGAUUCCCUACAGUGUAUUUUUUUUUUUUCCUCAAUUUUUAUCAAAUAGUAGCUCACUUAUCAUGUAUUUGUGAAAAACUUCCUUUUGUAUGAGUCUCACUUGACUUCACGAUCUACCCUUGAGAGAAACUAAGAGAAGGUGUGAUGGAGAGAAUCUAAAUCCGCACAAAUGCCUUGUAUCAACUUUGCUCAAACAUAUCAUGUGUAUAAUUCUAAUAGUCAGUUCCAAAUGCCUGAUUGCCUUAACAAGUAUGAUGUAACUCUGGAUCAAAGAUGUCCUGUGUGCAAUUAUUCUUCAGC